CACUUCGGCGCCGAGCCUCUCCGCCUCGAUCAAUAUCCACCACCAUCCAUUACAACCGCAUCAUCCAUUCCCCUCCCCCUCCUCCAUCCAACUCCAAUCCACUCAACUCGGGGCCCCUCCCCUCCCCAACCAUAACAACAACAUAACCACCCUCAAACAAAACCUGUACACACCCUCAAACCACACCUACGGGUCCACAACCGCCAAAAUGGUCGACAUCCUCCCCCUCAGCAGCUACCCCUCGUACAUCGACCUCCUCCCGUCCAUCCAAACCUGCAACAUCACCAACCUCCCGGAGAACUACUUCCUGAAAUACUACCUGUACCACGCGCUGACCUGGCCGCAACUGUCGUUCGUGGCGGUCGUGCGCCCCAAGAACGGCUACACCAAGCACACCGCGCCCGAUGGCAGCGGCGCCGGCAGCGUCGCCGAGCAGUAUCCCAAGGUCGUCGGGUAUGUGUUGGCCAAGAUGGAGGAGGAGCCGACGGAUGGCGUUGCCCAUGGGCAUAUUACUUCGUUGAGUGUCAUGAGGACGCAUCGGAGAUUGGGCAUUGCGGAGAGGUUGAUGCGGAUGAGUCAACGCGCAAUGGCCGAAUCCCACCGCGCAAAAUACGUCUCCCUGCACGUGCGCAUGUCCAACACCGCCGCGCUGCGACUAUACCGCGACACGCUGGGCUUCGAAGUCGAGACGGUGGAGAGCAAGUACUACGCGGACGGGGAGGACGCGUACGCGAUGCGGAUGGAUCUGUCGAAUAUGUGGGUGGACUGGGCGGAGAUCGAGCGGAAGGACCGGGAGCGGGCGGCGAGCGACGAGAAGGAUGGCGACGAGGGCGAUGAGGUGGGCGAGUUGGGGAAGAAGGAGGAGGAGAAGGAGAAGAUGGUGCGGGUGAAGGUGGGGAGGGGGUUGGGGGUUGGGGAUCUCGUGGAGAAGAAUGAGGCGCAGACGGCGCAGUAGAGUGUUUGCUCUAUCUGUCUAUCCAUCUAUCUAUCUAUCUGAUUGAUUGAUUGAUUGAUUGAUUGACUGGCUGGUUAUUUGGCUG